AACUGCUUGGUGCGGCUGUUCCUGCCGAAGGAGUAAGCUGGCUUGCUAUUGCUGAUUGUGGUUGCUUUUGGUCAACUGUGAUUAGUGUUGCCGUAUAUCUCAUCUCUGCUUGGUGGCCGGAUUAAAAUACUUCUGCUACUUGUGUGCAUUCGAGAGUACUAGUACAUUUAGUUGCCAUCGACUCUGCUAGUACUUUGCUUUUGUGCUGCUUGUGUGUUGUUGCUGGUGGAGUGCUGCAAAAGAAGUCCUGUGUGACUGGCUCUUUUGGUGGUGGUAAAUCAUGGCAGAUCCAACCAAGGAGAAGUCAGGGGAUAGUAGUGUGGAUAAGUUAUAUGAAAUUUUUAGCAAAGUAUUUGAGCAGCAACAACAACUCAAAUUGGUUCCUGAAGCAGUCAAGUAUGCGCUUGAGCCUAAUCCGGUGAAGUUGGCUGGACCGGGCAAUUACAUCAGUUGGGCACGACAUGCCCAGUUAAUCCUGAGUUAUCAUGGUUACGAAGAAUUGCGUAGUGCUGAUGAAAGUGGCACUAGCACAAAACAGAUCAAUGACAGAGUGUUGGUCUGGUUAUUAGGAAGCAUGGAACCAUCAAUUUGAGAGCAAGUUGAGACUAUGACCACUGUAUCUGAAGUGUGGAGAGCUUUAGAGAAGCAAUUCUCAGGAAAAUCAAAUAAGAUGCAGGCUACUCGCAUCAUGCAGGAGUUGACUCACUUAAAGCAAGGCUCAAAAUCAGUGACUGAGUAUGCUGGUGAGAUAAAGAGAUUGUACAGGGAGUUGCAUUAUUACCAUCCAUUUCAACCCGUUGACAAGAAUGACAUGGCUAUUCACCAUACCUGGUUUGAACCAUUUGUGGGCAAGCUCUUCCUUGAUGGCCUGAAUCAGGAAUUUGACCUCCGUCGUCAGCUAAUAUUCUCCAAAACUGAAUGGCUAAGCCUUGACGAUAUCAUCUCUAGUGUGAUUGAGGAGGAGACUCGUCUUAUUCAACCCAAGGAGCAUGGUCAGGAAAAUUCAUAUGCACGUGCAGCCCUAUCCAUACAAGCUCGCCAUGCUCCAAGGCCGUUUGGUAAAAUAGAUAAAAGCAAACUAUUUUGCAACCAUUGCAAAAGGACCGGACAUGCAAAGGAUAUGUGUUUUGAGCUGCAUGGCUAUCCAUCUUGGUGGGAAAAAGGGAAGUCUCGGCUAGGGGGAGUUCAGGGAGCAAGUAAAAGACAUGCUAAUCUCACUACAUCCACAAGGGAGCUGCCAGUGGUAGAUGUGCGAGCUCUUGAGGAUUUCACUUCCAAGCUUAGACUCUCAGAAGGCUCCUCUUCCUCUCAAGGUUCAUCUAAAGUUGAGUCUAGCCUUCAUAUCACUUCUGACCAAGGACAUAGACACAGGGAGAUUGUUGGCGACUGGGACCGUGCAUGAUGGACUCUACUAUCUUGAUGAAGGAAGUGAUGAAGUUGCUUUUGCAUCAUGUCUGUCUCCUGGUCAAGAACUACUACUACACCAUCACAGGCUUGGACAUCUUUCUUUUGUGGCAUUAUCUCAUAUUUACCCUUCUCUUUUUAAGUUGUCUCCCAGGGAGCUCCUGGUAUGUGAUGCUUGUGAAUUGGCUAAACAUACAAGGGGUUCCUAUCCUAGUAUAGGUUUAAGAAGUGACAAACCAUUUGAAAUGAUUCACUCUGAUGUUUGGGGACCCUGUGAGGUUCACUCCAUUUAUGGACAUCGAUGGUUUGUAACUUUUAUAGAUUGCUUUAGUCGUUACACUUGGCUUUAUCUUUUGAAGCGUAAGAGUGACG